UGGCUCAGCCGGGAGCCGGGAGCCGUCAGAUCUGAAGCCAUGGGGAAGGCGCCGAAGGAGCCCAAGGAGCCCAAGGAGAAGAAGACCCGCACGGCCAAGGAGCCGGCGACCCGUGACUGCACCAUCCACCUCCACAAGCACAUGCAGAAGGUGGCCUUCAAGAAGCGGGCGCCGCGGGCGGUGCGGGUGGUGCGCCAGUUCGCCACCAAGGCGAUGAUGACCAAGGAUGUCCGCAUCGACACCAAGCUGAACAAGUUCCUCUGGAGCAACGGCGUGCGCAACGUGCCGCGCCGCGUGCGCGUGCGCCUCUCGCGGAAGCGCAGCGAGGAUGAGGAUGCCAAGGACGCGAUGUUCACGCUGGUUCAGCACGUGCCUGUGGAAAGCUUCAAGAACCUUCAGACGGAGACGGUGCAGGAUGAGUGAGCUCCAGGCGGUCGAGGGCUUGAGCGUUUGGCGAAGAUCUUUUGGCGCGGAGAGAAAAGGGGCGAGUCAGGAGAUUCCCAGGUUCAGUGGGCA